GCAAGCAAAAUAAUACAUAUAUAUAACAUACUUAUGAACAUGUGUGCACUUCUUAACUUGUGUAAUUUUUUUUUCAAGAUAUUCUUCCAGCAGAUCACAGCACACACCUUAUAGUCUUUAAAAGAAAGCAGCACAAAGUGCUUUCAAAGUAAAGAUGAGGAGCUGAGAGAUAUUUCUGUUAUCUUAAAGCUGUAAAGGUUUGUGUGAGAGGACAAGUACUUAGAACACUGAUUUCUUUUAAGGCAAGUUGUGAAUUGAGUCAUGCCAGGGGAAGAUAAAUAGGAUAAAGUGCUUCCUUACUGCAAGUGUCUUGGAGGCUAGGCACCUGUAAGAGUGGGAGAAGCUUUCCAUUCUUUGUUUCUUAGAAUUUACUCUGCAGCUGUCCUCAGGCACCCACAUAAAUCAAUCCUGUUUACUGGAUGAGUUCUACACCGUAAACUACUUUCAUUUCAACACAGAUUCCUACCUACUAAAUUAUAUCCUGGGCAUAUGUCCUGGAAGGCUCUCUUAGCCUUGAAAUGGAAAUUCUGUGGGCUUGUUAGAGUCCUUUCUCGUAUUCUGCAGAGGAGUCAGUGAGCUGCCAGAAGGUGAUUAAUAUGCAUAAAGAAAAAGAGGUGAAUAUAAAUACGUGGUGGUGUUUUGCUGCAACUUCCCAGCAUACUAAGUUCUCUGACAUCUCAGAGUACUUUCUGUUCACCUAAUUGCAAGUGGGCUGUAAUAUUGAAGCAAGCAGGCUAAGCAUGUAAGAGCUUGAGAAGAAUCUUCAAGAACUCUUCUGUGUAGAAUUUUGGCUUCUUGGAGAAACAGUAGAAAAUGCAAAACGAAAUAAUAAAGCCUGCUAAAUACUUCUCGGAAGUGGAGAAGAGUGUGCUGCUUGCGUUAGUUGAAAAAUACAAAUAUGUGCUUGAAUGUAAAAAAAGUGAUGCGAGAACUAUUGCUCUGAAACAACGUACCUGGCAAGCGCUAGCUCAUGAAUAUAAUUCACAGCCCAGUGUAUCACUGCGAGACUUCAAACAGUUAAAGAAAUGCUGGGAAAAUAUCAAGGCACGGACAAAAAAGAUAAUGGCACAUGAAAGGCGGGAGAAGGUAAAAAGAAGUAUUAGUCCACUUAUAAAUACUCACAUCGUAGGGAAAGAGAAGAUUGCCAGCAUAAUGCCUGAGCAAAUGUACUUUUUGCAGAGCCCACCAGAAGAAGAUUCUGAAUAUCAGCCUGAUGCUUCUAGUCAAGAAUCAUUUGUUGUCUCAAACAGAGAACUUUGUGAUGAAGACAAAGAGCUGGUACAUUUUCCAGUAUGUGAAGGUACCUCCCAACCUGAGCCUUCGUGUUCUGAUGUCAGAAUAGCAGCUGAUAAGAACUACAGAAGUAAAGCAUCUCAGGAAAGUGCGCUGAAAAAAAUGCAUGAGGAAGAACAUCAUCAGCAAAUGUCAAUUUUGCAACUGCAGUUAAUCCAAAUGAAUGAAGUUCAUGUGGCAAAAAUACAACAAAUAGAAAGAGAGUGUGAGAUGGCCGAAGAAGAACACAGGAUAAAAAUGGAAGUGCUAAAUAAAAAGAAAAUGUAUUGGGAGAGAAAACUGCAGACCAUCACAAAAGAAUGGCCUGUAUCGUCCUAUAACAGACCCUUUCCUAAUUCCCCUUAGAACAUAAAGGGGCAGAGAGUCAGUCUGAUUCACACGUUUAUGAGUAACGCGCACUGGAAAGAAGGUUUUUUAAUGUGAAUGUACAGUGACAGGGUAGGUGCCUGGCUGAUAGUGAACACACUAUGACUCUUAAUAUUUAGGGAAACAGUGGUAUAGUCUACCGAGGGGAAAACCGUAUUGUUCAUUUGUAGGUAGUUCUGAUUUGUUUAACUCAGACAUGCACAGUGUUUAAAAUGUGAACAUAUUUUCCCCUCUCAGAACGCCCUUGCAUCCUUGUGAAAUUUAAGGUACUCCAGGUGUUCUUACAUUGGGUGUUCUUAAGAUAACAGCUUUAAACAUCAGGCUGUAGUGUUUAUUUUGAUUUCUAUCUCUUCCUAUCUACCAUUUUUCAAAUUAAUGCAAGGAUUGGAGUUGCUCUCUGCUAUUGAGGCAGAAGUUGAUUGACAGGUGUCAGUUGGAUCAUUAUGCUGGGGCUUAGGAAAAAGUAAACUUGUCUCUAGUUAAUAUAGUCCAUAACUUAUUCUUCAUAGAAGAUGUGAAAAUUAAGGAAGUAGCAAAAGGACCACUGUAGUAACUGAGCCCUUUCCUUCUGAAGAACAGUAGUAUUUCCCAGCUGGCUGGCUGAUUGAGAGAAUGGUUGUGGACUGGCCCUCUGGUUUUUUGAGCCUUGACCCUUACGAAGUUAAAAAGAAGGUGACUUCUUCCUCAAAAGCCAUUGUGCUUGUUCCUUCUUUCCCAGGCCCAUCUUGUAUUGAAGUAGAAUACCGAAAUAAGAGGGUCAAAUGCUGCUGCCAGCACUGUGUGCUGUUCACCUGGAGUCAUUCUGAGGGGAAGAGCUUUUUAACAAUUCAUAAAGCUCUUAAAAUGCAGUCAGCUAGCCAGCCCAUUGGCAAAGUCUCCCUCUAUCUUCCUAUGCAAUACUUGAUGGUGUAGCAGCUAGCUUGAGUAUCUCAGUCUCUCCUUAGCAAGAAGAAAAGACUUAAAAUUCACCCUCUUUUUCUUCACAUAGAGUGGGAAGCAGUUCAAGGGAAUCAUUCCUGUCCUGAAGCACUGUUCUGUUUUGUUCUGUCCUGUGCAUUAUGGUGGUGUGUUUCUUGCGUUUGCUGUCAGUGCGGGGUGAUGGACAUGAUUUGUGUGAACCAUUCACAUGAAGGUACCCACAGAGUUUGGGUGUCCAGAACAGUAGAUAGUAGGAAAGCACAAAUAAAGAUAAUCCUUACCCAGGCAAUCAUUUAUUCUAGUGGGGCAAGGGUUAAGAGAAUGUGAAAUGCAGAACCCCGCAAAGCUUCAUAAGAGCUUCUGAUGUGUGAAAACCUAUUUUACAGGAAGGUGUAAACCAUCAUUUGAAGCAGUGAGAAAAAUUAACAAAACCAUGAAUUUUCAUUGAAAAAUCCAAGUAUCACAUUAUUUAAUAAAGUAUUUUCAGAUCAUGGUUCAUAAGGGCAAGUCCAUACUGUGAGCAAUGUAUUCAAAUUAAAGUAUGUUACAAAGCAUACGUUCCCAGUUACACUCCUCUCUCUUUCCCUGGAUGUUCUUUCUGGUGGAGUGAGUUCCUUUUGGUUUUGCUUUGGGUUGGGAUUUUUUGUGUGUGAGUGUGUGCGUAUGUGUUUCUUUUUCUUGAACUGCUUUCACUGCUGGUGAUUCAUCUUUCCAAGCACUGCCAUUAUCAACCACAGUACUCACUGUGGUUAACACUGUGGUACACGCGCUACUCCCUUCAACGUGCUAACACCAGCAGUCACAGUGGGAGCUAUUUAUUACAACUUAUUUUAUAUGACAGACUAAAAAAAAUAUGCAGAGCUGCUGCAAGAUAGAAACAAUAGGCCAUGUAUGAAAUCUGAAGGCAGAUCUUUUUGACUGCACUUUCAAAUUUCUUAUAAAUUGACCAUGUGAAGGAAGUACAGGAAUUCCAAAGAAGGAUAUUGUUAUGGACACUUUUUUUUCUUCCUGCUGAAUAGAAGCACUAUGGGAAAGUAUAAUAACAGUAGAGGCAAAAGAAAGAAGUAAACAGAAGUGAAGAUCUUUUUGUUCUGAGAUCGCAUUCUGUGGUCUGAAAGAUGAGUCAGUUAUUUCAGGGGUUAUGACAAUUGAUCAGGCACUAUCCAGAAAAAAGAAUGGGGAAGAUAUUUGUCUUAACUAGUGAUGGGAUUCCUUCCACGAGGGUUCUAAGUGGAAGUAAUUUGAAACGAUGAAAUGGAAACCAGGUGUUAAAAGGUGACGAAUGGAGACAAUUACAACACUGCAAAUAGAGCAAGAAUAGAGAGACAAUCCAGGUCUAGAAAAGGCAUGAAAUAGCCCAGGGAGAAUCUCACGAAAUUUGAGAUAAGGGUAAUUUGGACUCCUGGAAGUUAUACCAUGGCUCAUGAAAGAUUUUUUUAUUUAAAUGUCCUUUAAAAUAUGCGUGUUUUCAAACUCCACUAAGUGGGCAAUGCCUUGCUUUUUGGCAUAUUUUCUUAUCCUAAAACCAAAAGUUAUAGUUCUUAAGCUGAACAAUAGACCCUUUUAAUUCAGUUUCUAUUUAAAAGAAAGAAGAUCACUGUGCUGGUUUAAAGGUAAACCGGCAGGAGAAAUGAACCCAAUUCGAAAGAGAUUAUAAGUCAGAGUUACAAUUUAAUAACAAUAAUACAAUAAAUACAAUUAUACGGACAAACAAUUGGUUUUAACCCACAAAACCCAGAUGUAUAACCCAGCACUCUGGGGCUCAAACAGAGUGGUGUUCAUUGGCCUCUGGGCUGAGCCCCACGUGGUCCUCCUAAGUCCAAAGUAAAAGAGGAGGAAAACCUGUUGGUGAGAGUGCUGGUUGCAGUCUGGUUGAGGGUGGUGAUUGCAGUCCAGUUGAGGUUCUGGUCCUCCUCUGGAUCUGAUGAGUGGGACCAGAAGUCCCAAGACCCCAAGAUUAUAUACACUCAGGUUUGAGUGGGAAUGCCCAGUACCUCCGCCAGGGCAGAGAGUUCCACAAUGGGUGACUGUGAGUCGUGAGAUAUUUUUUGAAUCCUUGGUGGCCCAUUAGCAGACAUGACCCCUCAGGCUGGGUGUGGAGGUGCCAAUGACUCCCCAGAGGGGAGUAAUAACACCUGAGUCAUUGAUAUGAGGAUAGGAACAUCCUCCUAUCUCACAGGCUUCUUAACACCCAGCUUAUAGCCUGAGGGGUCAGGUGUGCUCUGGGCAGGUGCUGCAAAUGGUCUAGUGUUAACAGUUCCUGGGAAAUGACAUAGAGGGUGUAGAAUACGCAGUUUGGGUUACACCUGCACAGUGAUGAACUAGUGCCAGCUGCUCUAAGACAAUCACAAGAAGAAGAUUAGAAAGAGCCAAGAUAAAGAUAUGAAAGAAAGAAUGAUCAGUACAUGCAUAGCAGAAAAAUGGGAAUAUUACACCUAACACAAAUUAUACGAGAUGGUUUUGUGGUACACAUAACAGAUGGUUCACAGGUGACACUGGCUCUUGUUUUCCCAUUUGUAGUUGACUGUUGGUUGCUGUAAGAUUGGGUGCUAGACAUAGAAAAAUGUAAAAGAUCAACAAGAUGAAGUAAUGUAUCUCCUUGCCAGGCUUUGGCUUCUCCACUUCAAGGCUUUAUAAAGUGAUUUAUGUGGUGGAGUUGAAAUUACUUGAGAAAUGUGACUUUUACCUUUUUUGUUUUUGUUGUUGUGAUUGCAAUUACUUCCUCUGGUAUUAGGAUUUACGUUCUCUUUUGUUUGACUCUUCUUAUGUUUAAUAUAGCCAUCUCAGACAAUAUGUCCAUAUGUUCCUCUCCCUUUUUUUCUAGAUUACAUCAUUCAAACUUUCACAUAAUUGUGUUUUCCUGAUAACCACUUGGCCAAACUAUGUAUGAAUUUUCUCAAGGUUUUUCCACAGAUAAAAUACAUCAAUAUUUUAAGAAGAACAUGCCUGUUCUUCUUUGGGUUUGCUAUACGAGUUUUUGUCAAGAAUGAACUUAAAAGAUACACUGGACAAAAUGAUCUCUUCUUAACUCCAAAUGUGUACCAGACAUGUAGUGGCCAUGGUUCUCAGCCUCUAUGUUCUUAUGAAGAGUAACAAUGACCUUCUAGACAAGAUGUGGUGAAUUCCUUUAUGCUUCCCAAAUUGACAUGAGCCUAGCUCCAGGUGUCUCUCUUUGGAGUUCAUCUAAUUUGUUGCCUGGUAUAAAGUUUUUCAUUUGUUGAUUUUUUUCUCCUGCAUUUAUUCCUAACAUCUCUGUUUCCACUUAGCUUUUUAACCAGCAAUAUGAGCUGGGGAUUUCAUUCAGAGCUAUGUGUUUAGCUCUUUCCUUUCUCUAGCUCAGACUGCCUAUAUCACAACAUUUGAACAUGAAAUGUGUGUUCCUCUAUCGUCACCUUCCCCUUCCACAGAAAGCAUGGUUAGUUAGUCUUUUAUACACAGCUGCCCAUACAUUCUGGAUUCUGCACACAGCCUAGGAAACAAAGGAUUUUGAAGAGAGGUUAGCACUGAGAAAAGUCUGUAUAGAGAAGAUCACUUUCUCCAUGUAAUUGUGACUAAAAGUCAUUCAUCAGGACCAGAGCUAAUGCAGGGUACUGAAGCUGUGUAAGUGGUGGUGAUUCUUCAUAAAUCCUUGGGGUUCUGCAGAAGUUAGGCUUGAGGUUUCUGGAUAACAAAGUUCCUUAUUUCUAGGUAGUUGAAGAGUCUCACUGAAAGACUUUCACAGAUACUUCUUCAAAUCAAAGCUCUUACCUUGACAAAGAAUCGAUUCAUCCUGCCAUCUGUUGUACUGCUUCUUUCAAAGCCCAGGCUGCUGUAUGACUGGAGCAAGGGAUCUUGCUGCUUGACAGAAAUCCUCUGUCUGAUGCUCUUUCCUACACUGCAGAGAUGUGUUUAGCCAGAGUUGAAAACACAGCCCUCCCCAGCCACUCCUUGGAGAAGCAAUCCUUACAGAGCAGGUGUACCUGGUGUGGCCGAGCUCAGCGUUCAGAUCUUCCCAUUGCAGUCCAGUGACCAGAGAAAGGAAGGAUGGUUCAGGGCUACCCUUUCCUGAGCACAGGAAAGGGCAGCUAAGGAUGUUGUGCUGAAUUUUUUAAUGAUCAUUCAUCUUUGUGUGUUUCCAGUACCAAAUUUUAACAGUCUCCCAAGGAUUUGUAUGAUUACAUAGGUAUUUUUCAAUGAUCUUUUGCAGAUAAUUUUUUUUACGGCUUUUACAGUAUGUCCUUUUCCUUCUUACCCACUUGCGUUAUAAUGCUUCCAGUUUUGUUUUGAAUCUCUGUGGUUACAGUCUGUACAACUACACAUUCGUGCGGUGUCAUACUUUCAGGUAUGUUUCUCAUGACAUUAAAACAAUAAACUGCUACACAUUUAUAUAUUGUUACUUCCUAGGCAGGGGAAUUACAUGUAAAUCUUAAAAUAACAUUUAAUUGAAUUUUUUUUCAGACAAAUCCUUCACAAGUAGUCCUGUAAUUUCAUAUUUUGAGCUAGCUUGGUCGAAGAUAUUUUUAUAGGACUGAUGCAUCUUAGUUUCUUUCAUAAGAAAAAAACCCGUCUUUUCAUGCUAUUCCUCUGUUUCCUCUCAAAGCAGCUGACUGUAAAUUCACACAUCAUCGCUCUUCCUGAACUUUGUCUCUAGUUAGAUAUUCAAAAGCGUUUCUGGGCAAAUUAAGUAGUAAUGCAUACUAAAAAUAAUACAUUUAGACUAAUAAAAUAAACAAAGUACCAAGAUGAUAUGACAGUAUGCAGCAACUGUUAAUAUAAUUAAAAAUAUUAGAGAGGACAGCUCUGUACAUGUGAUAAAAAGAAAGAAGAUAAUUUGUUGCUAUCUAUAAGAAUAGGAUAAUAUAUUUUUACGAUGAAAGCAAGCAGUGGUAUCUGGUUUUGGUAUCACAGACUUCUGUGUUGCUGAUCAGCUUGAUUCUCUUAUAUCUAAGGAAGGUACACAUGGAAUUUGGACAGAUUUCUGGGCCUAAUAAGAGCUAUUAAAUAGAAAUGUGCUAGCUGUGGCUCUGAACAUUUUACUGGUCUAGUAGUGAAGGGAUUAGGCAUCCCACAAUGUCAUCAGUCAUGUCAGUAAGAAAUUAAAAACUUACAAAGAAAAAUAAUAAAAAUAAAAGGAUUGGUGUGUUUUUCAGAACAAGUCAGAAGUGAAGACAGCUCUAUCUGCCCCAAGACGUAACAUUGUCACAUAUGUCGAACAGUUUCCCUGCAUGGUCUUCACUUCUGUUUCCUUUGAGACUCUGGACAUCUUUAUCAUAGAAUUCACAGCUCCAAGUGCCUGACAAUAAGAAAAGUAGCCACUUUCAAAUAGGAAUCCUGCCAGGGUUAUUAGACCUCACUCUUUACUAAACUGAAGUUGAACAAUUUUCCGAGACUACAUUAUCCAGACACGCAUGCUAUGCACUGUGGAAAGGCAGAUGAAAUCUGUCCAGCAUGUAGUCUGCCAAAUGACAUAGGUUAUAGAGCAAGAAAAAGGAAAAGGUUGUCCACCACGUAGUGGUGGGUCAUAAAACUGUUAUACUCAGGAGGGUGUGUGGAUGGAUCUCACCAGAUGGUUAAUCUCUCUAAGAAUAAGAAAUAUUUUUGCCAAGUCUUCUAAUCUGUCAAAACAGCCACUGGACAAAAACAAAAGGGGAAAAAAUGAAUUAAGCAGUCAAAAUAGCUAGAAACAAUCUGUUGCCUUCUUGCUGAAGAGCUAGCUAGAUACAAAGCCUACACUACACACACAUAUAUAUUUAGGGAGAUAACUCUCUAAUUUAACAGAAAUAAAGCAAAAUAGAUUUGUAGAUUUUCCUUAUUUAAUUUAGGUGAACUUUUUUAAAUGUUGAUUGAGAUUGUUUGUUUUCCUUUUGUUUUUCAGUCCAGCUUCAGAAUAGUUGUGUGCUUCAGUCUCUAAUCAAUUGUUAGAGCACCUCAUUAAUCAAAUUGGUUUGGCAAGAGAGUAGAAGUAGGUUUGUAUUCAGCACAACUUGAGAUUGAUUGUAUUCUACAAAUCUUCAGAUAUUUCUUCUCAGCUGCUUUUGGAUAGCCCUAAAUCUGAAACUGGAAUUAUACACCAAUUUAGUAGUAAUUUAUUAUUUAUUGGCACUAACAAGUUGACAUACAAGAUGCUCAAGCUCUGCUCAUUAUUUGGUCAUGUACAAAUCCCUCUUCUUUUUUUAGAAUUAUGUUCUGAAAUUAUGUUCUAAGCCACAAAUGGACCAGCUGAAUCGUCCAUAUAAGUUCCUGCCAUACAUUCUGUGUCACACUAUAAUAUGGGGGGGGGGGGGGAAUCCUGCUUCUGUUUAAUUGUGGAGUUUUGAAAUUUUGACCUAUUAAUCUCACCAAAGCUUUGCUAAAAAUUAUUUUGUUCUAUUAGACACCUCUGUGUUCCCACUGACUGGUCCUUCAACCCAAUGAACUAUGUGGCUUUAUAACUUUUGAAUUCCAAUCCCGUGGACUGUACGAAAUCUGAGUUGACACACACAAGAUAAUUUCCAUUUAUCUGAAAAAGAUCUUGUAAAUGCUGAGACUCUGAAAAGUACAAAUUAGGGAGGUGAUUUGAUGGAUUUAGUAUUUAAACCAGGGCAUAAAUUUUGGCAGGCUAGGAGUUAUCAGUGCUGACCUAUUAGAGAGGUUCAACCUCUGCUUAGGGAGCAACAGUGUCCAACCCAAAUAUUGCCUUACCUCCAACUUUCCAUCUAAAAUGAGGCAUAAUGAGAAGUCCUUGCCAAAUAAAGCAACACUGGUUUCCAAAAUGCACUUAAUUUGCUUUCAAUUGCUGGCUUGCAUGAGGGCUCUGAGACUAGACUGGGCUUUUUGUUGCACUUCAUUGAUGGCUGAUAGCAUAUGAAGGCUUCCCAUACUGAUUUUAUUCUGUUAUCCUUGAAUGCAAUAGUCCUACUGAGAUAUACUUAGCCAUGUGGUGGUGCCAGUUGAACUGUGGCAAGGUGCUUACAAUCUCAAAUUGUCUGGCAUCUUUUCCAAUUACCAAAUCAGUGACGGUGGAUGUAUUUGAAUAAAAAGUAAGGAGCUUUAGCCAGCAGAAACAAACAUCAUUGCUUAAUGUGUCACUGAUGUGCCUUGUAACACUGAUAAGGUGGCAAAUUUAGAGGUAUAAUCAAUAAAUGAUCAUAACAGUGCUUUAUCUCAGCCAAUUAAAACACCGUCUUCUGGGGUAAAUCUUGCUCUUACUCCUCUUGUAGACUGAUAAAUAAAUAACAUGCUUCUAAUUUAUACUUCCACAAUCCCACUGAAGCCAACACAUUCCUUUACAUGGUGUCAUGGGCUUGGUAGAUAAGUAUCGAUGUCUGCUCUCACUCUGGUCCAAAUGCCAUAGCUACCAACUCUACUUCUGUAAAUCCAGCAGAAGUGCACUGUCAAGGAGCUGGGAAAAUCAGACAUGGGAAAAGACUGGCUUAAACCUAAGCCUUUCUCUUACGCGCAGCAUGGACAUGAGUGGGUCAAGUCCCAUGGCACAGCAAACUUAAGCCCACAUCCUCUCACAACUUAAAACACAAGUAAGGACAUAGUAACAGCAGCAGGUUACUUUAGUGAUCUGUAAAAAUGGCUUUGGGUGGUAAGCAAUCGAUUUUUUAAAUUGUUGUACAUUAAAAUCUUCCAAAUCAUGUGACAGCUUAAAAUAAGCCCUGUCAGUGUUCAACUACCAAGAACAGUAAAUUACCACAACUUCAGUGUGUUAAACUGACAGAAGCAGUUUUCUGUAAGGAUUUUGUUAACUGAUAUGGUUGGUGUAUCAUGCAGGUAUAUUCUCACCUUUCUUCCUUGUAAAAUCUUUACUUCCAUCAAGUUAGUUCUCAUUCUUAAAUAAAAAAAAAAAAAAAAAGUAAAGCCAACUGUGCUAAUCCAUCCCCACUUAGAUAUAUACAUAAAUUCAACCAAAUGAAAAAUAUCUUUUUUUUAAUAUUUUGUAUUUUCACCUUUUUUUCUUUUUUGAAGAGUCAAGGAUUUCAAGGAUUAAAUAAUGAGAGACUUGAUCUUCAUCUUCUCAAGAUGCAGAUGUUAUGACAUUUUAGAGCAGUAUCUGAAAAAAAAAGUUCUGAUAAUCCAUCAAUGCAAAUACAGAGAAAUUCCAGUCUGCUCUGCUUCCCAUAGAACUAGAAGGCAUAGUCCUAAUCACAUCUUUCUUUUUGUUGUUGCAUUUUUGAACUUUCAGCCACAAGAUGUAUAAGUUGCUUUACUGCCAACUACCAUCCAGCAGCACUCCUGUAUUUACAAAGUUUGUUGUAAACCUGGAUAUUUGAGUGACUUAUGUUGCUGAGUAAGAACCUCUCUUUUCCAAGAAAUCAUGCAGUUUAACAGAAUUAUUUUUACAACACCUAAGAAGUGGAAAUGCUUUAGGAGAUAAUAUGUUUCCAAAUGUGUUAUUGCCAUCUCUGCUAGUACUACCAUCUUGUGGCGGUACAUCAUGUUAGCCAUGUUUUGGAGGUCUUAUCUUUCCAAGAGAAAAAAGAAACUUUAAUUUGGUGCUGACCCAGGGUAUUAUUUGAGUUGUUCUGUGAAGUUCUCCCUCCACCAUCACUUUUUCUUAUCCUGCAGAAUCUUUUCCUGUUUUGCAUGUAUAUUCUGUAAGUGCUGAAAUUGCACCUGAAUUGCUUUGGUCAAGGUGACUGUGUGGAUCCUCUGAAAAUCUCUGAAAGAGAUCUUAUGUGUUCAGAAGGUUCAGGAUCACUGCAGAGGCACUGAAAACCAGACCUCUAAAAUGAUGCCAGCGCAGGAGCUUGAGAACCUCAAGGAGAAACUUGAAUAUAGGCACUCCUCAUUGUCAUUUUUGUAUAAGUGGUCAAAUAAUUAGGAAACCACUGUUUCUUUACACUGUGUUGUAUUUAUUAUGUGACAUUAGAUUCUGUUGUAUUUUAACAAUAUGUAAAAUUACACUGUGCUGUGUUUGUGCUUAUAGUUGGUGAGGAUCUAAAACAGAAUGAACAUUUAAGUGCUGGACUAUUUGUCAUAAGAUACUUGAAAAUGUAUACACUCCUGAUACUGAAUAUGUUAAUGGAGUAUUAGAUGGUAUUUCUUGUGGUCUCUGCCUUUUCUUAGUAACAAUUUCUGGUGUUUGCUUUUUAAAUUACACUGAAAACGAUACAUUAUUUAAGAUCCCCUUUUUAGCUAAGUGGCAGCCACUAGGCUAAUCUGAUUUUCCUAGCAUGGUGUCAGCCCAGUCAUCUCACCUGUUAUAAAGUGUUGAUUUAGUAUUUUAGUGCCUCAAACUCCACCAAAUCUGGUUCUGCCCUGCACGGAAGUAGCUUCUGAAACCACACCUUUAAACAAAUCUUUUUUGUGCUGUUGUUUUUAUUUAAUAAAGAAUACCCAUAUUACAGUUUGAAUCUCUAAAAACCUCAUAGUAUGUUUGAGUCCUUAGAAAUGUGAGAAAUCGAGUUUUCAUUAUCUUUAUUGUGUAGCUAACUUUCAUAGCAAAUUCUUUGUUUUUCCUACAGAAACAUCGAGUAAAAGGAGACAAAAGUAGGGCCCUAAAAUGUAUACUUUCUAAUGGCUGGAGAUGUAGGAAAUGCAACAAAAAGUACUACUGGGGAAGAGACUCAAUAAUUGUCUAAACGAGGGGAAUUACUGAAACUCACAGUGUAUGUAAUAAGGAUGACUAACUGUACAUUUUAGUGCCUUGUUUCUUGUAAAAUGUUUAAUCAUAAAUAAUUAAACAUAAAUAAUUAUGGACUUCUGAGAAAACAUAUCUAAAUAUUGCUAAUAGAAACUGUAUAUUCAUAGAAAAGGCAAUAAAUCAUUGACUAUUGUUACAUAUUAA